ACACCAUUUACUGUUCUACUGUACACUGCACACCAUUUAACAUUUUUAGCAAAACCACACAUUAUUUUGUUCGUUUUGCUGCACAGCAUCCAACCCACCUACAUAAUUGUUUAUCAUAUUCAUCAAUUAUGGACGUUAACACAAUAUCAUCAUCAUCUCAUCAUCAUCAUUGUCAAUCAUGCUCUACGUAGUUCACAUAACUCAUCAUCAAUUGAUCAUCUAUAUUUUAUUUUACUGUUUAACAUAUAUAAGUUGCAUCAUCAUAAUAUUAAUCAUCAUUCCAUUUUGUUAACGCGACCUUUUUAAAAAAUAAAUGUAUAUUGUUGUUAAAAAAUAACAUUUUAAUGAAAUUAACGAUGUGAUAGUAUUGUGAAAAUAAGUUGAAAAUUCUAACAUUUACAGAUAUAAUGACAGUUGACUGUGACAGUUUACUCUCUAACCCUCUGUCUUCAUCUGUGAGAGCAGAGGUGAGGUUGAACCGAAGCACUGCUAAAUAUGAGAACAAGAGCGAGAAGUUUCGAAUUUCUAACCGUGAAUAUAACAAACAGUACUGUGAAACCUACAGUGUUAGGUUGGAUACUAUACGCAAAAUGAUUAUUCCUCAGGCUAAGAAACUGCAUGGGGAGAAAAUCGUCGUCCUCCCUCUGUCAGAACUUAGAGAGGACACUGAUGCUGCAAGAGAGGAAGAUAUUCUGAUAGUUGGUACACUGUUUAAGCAGCAGGAGAAUAAACCCAGUAUUCUGAAGGAGUUCUCUGAGGAUCAGAUUGACAAACCUGAACCUGAAAAAGAGAAGUAUACUGCUGAAACUGACAGCUUGGUUUUAGAAGAUGAAACAAUGAGAGUUAAACUCAUUGGAAAGGUGACCCCAUCCUUGUUGGUGAACGGAGUAGUGGUUGGAUGUUGGGGUCGUGAGGCUAGCGGCGGGAACUUCGACGUGAAGGAGCUGAUCUAUCCACUCAUACCCUCUUCAGAUACCCAAGGGGAGGAGGUUUCUAUCUGUAUACUCUCAGGACUUAAUCUUAAUGGAACAGAGGGUGACUGGUUGGAGUCUGCUCAGCUUGCUGUAGACUGGAUAUGUGGUAGCGCUGGGGGAUUAGCAGAUCAGGAGAUAGCAUCCAGGGUUGAACGAGUUAUUCUAGCUGGAGACUGUCUAGCAGAGUCUACAAGGAAUAAGGAAGAUCUCACCAGAGCCAGGUAUUUGACGCUGAAUAAGCAGGCAGGUAGUGUUGACGCAAUGCGUCAACUGGAUGACCUGCUUGUACAGCUUGCCGGUAGUGUCAACACAGAUCUACUGCCAGGUGAGAAUGAUCCAGCAACUGGUAUUCUCCCCCAGCAACCUCUACAUAAAUGUAUGUUCCCUCAGGCCAGCGUGUUCCCAACCUUCCAGAGUGUAACAAACCCGUACAGUUGUUCGGUAGGGGGUAGAGAAGUUCUUGUACUCUCAGGACAAUCUAUUGGAGAUAUUGUGAAGAAUUCUGAUUUGUCAAAUACUAUUGAUAUUCUUGAAAACCUAAUCAAAUGCGGCCAUGUUGCUCCUACUUGUCCUGACACCCUGGGGUGUUAUCCAACCUACCUGGAGGAUCCGUUCGUUCUUCAAACCCUUCCUGAUAUCCUGGUAGCCAGCAACCAGGCUGAGUAUAACUUCAAGAAGAUAGUUGUGAACGGGAAACCUAUUCUUCUCCUCUCCGUUCCCCAGUUCUCGUCCUCCAGGGCCGUGGUACAGAUCAGCCUCCACACCCUCGAACCUUCUAUCAUCGAGUUCGAAUCUCAACUCGAGAUAUCGAAUAGUCCGGAACCGAAUAAAUAAUAUCUACAUCUACCAAAAUCCAGUAUUAUGAUAUUGAAGUGAAGAAAAGAAUUGUUGUGAAAUUGAAAAUAGUUUUAUCGAAAUGUUCUUGCUUAAAAUGCUGCUAUUUUAUGUAUGUAUGAUCUUCUCUCGAAUAUCUCAUCUUCAUUUCUCCCACAGUAGCUUUGAUCUGAAUUCAAUCGAUUAAUCAAAUUUAAAGAAUAAAUGGCGGCAUUGGGACACGUCGCCAAAGUAAGAAAACAAAAAAUAUAAUGUAAACAUGUACUCAUUUAGGCUUUUUAUAAAUGUUUUAUUAACCAAUAAUCAAGUUUUAUGAAAUCAAUGUAAAUGUACGAAUAUUUUAUUUACCAAACAUGUUUCAAAUUUUCUUUUUCUUUCAAUUCUCUGCAACCGGUUAAAAUCGGUGACGUCAUUAUGUUUGGGCCUUAAACACUGGAAUUUGUAAAUUUGUAUUAUCUUCAGA